CUUGGCGUCCACGGUGAGCUCAGUCUUGCGGAGACGCACGUCGGUGGCCGAAUUGCGUUCCUGCGCUUCGCCUCGUCAGAGGAAGCGAGCCAGGCGCGCGAUGCCAUCAACCUGGGUAGCUUGCGGCUCGGCGGACAACGCCCCGUUCUGGCUGGCUGGGCACGGCGUGACCGCUGGCUGAGCUGA